AUGCAAUACUUCACUCAAAGUUUAACUUUCGCAAGCAUUGUUUCAGGUACGGCUACAGGUUCGUUUUUGGGUAAAGGGGGCUUAUUUAAAAGGGACUCUUGCGACACAGCCUGUAUGUCAGCCGCAGACCUCAUGGACGAUCAAUGUGGGCUGGAAAUUGAUGUUGAUUUUGAAAGCACUACAAAGCUUCUCACGUGCAUGUGUAAUAUGCAAGACCCCUUUUGGAAGUCGCUAAGUAAUUGUGUAAGAUUCUGUCCAUAUUAUGAAGGGUUAAACGGUGAUACCAGUCCACAAGGAUUACAUAACGGAUUUUGUCGAGCAGCGGAUACCUACUCCUCUGUUCUUGAAGAAUAUUCCGGAACAAUUCCAUGGUCAAUUCAAGAAGCUAUGGAAGGAAUGGGAUUUGGUGUUGCAAGUGCAGAAGGUCAAGUCGAACCAGGAACCAACAUUGAGGCCACUACUACAUUGGAGACAAAUUUGAAGACGAAAGCCCUCAGCAAUGCAAAAGCAACACAUAAUAUUUUGAAAACUACCGAAACAAGCACUGUCGAAAGUAUCUCCGAGACAUUAACUUCAGUGAAUCGAAAACUUUCUAGUAGUCUUUCCACUUCAUCCAUCAAAGCUGCAACACCUUCUAGCACCCUAAUAAUCAACAGCAAAAAAUCAACAUCCAAUAGUCCUGAAUUUUUUCAGUUUAAGAAUUCGGAAUCACAAGCUUCUCAGACAAUAAAUCCAUCCAUAACACAAGGUAGCGGAAACUUGGCUCUAAAAUUGGAACCAGGGACUAUUCUUUAUGCGUUUUUGGCAGCUUUGUUAUAG